GACACCGGCUCCCCCCUCGUCAGUCAACAACAGACAAAGAGGAGGGGGAGAUGGAGGACUCUGACAAGGAAUCCACCCCGCUGCUAAGAAGAAAGAAGACGGCAGAGAAGGAAGUGCUAAAAAAGUCGGCGGAGAUGGUGGUGAAGGAUGUCCUUCAGAAGCCGGAGAAGGAUGUGCUACCCCCUCCCCUUGAGUCUCGAACCACGGGGCAGGUGGGCAAGACAGGGGGUGGUGAUGAUCCAUCAGCAUAUGCCCGCGCCCGCCCUGUAAAACAGGGCGAUGGGAAAGUCCAUCCCGUUAAGGGACUUGAGCCUCCCCUCUUGCUACUUACUCCGGCCCUGGCUGAUCACAACAGGGGGAUAUCUGCAGCGGGGAGUACAGCUGUGCGACAGAUUACACCCGCCAAGGGACAUGGGCCACCGGCCCCGGCGGAUCACAACAGGGGGAACUCAGCAGGGGGGAGUACAGCGGUACAACAAACUGCACCUGUGCCACCACUCCCGUCACUGGAACUGAAACCAGGCGAGGGGAAAGCUCAGCCCUUGAAGGGUCCCGCCCCUCCCCCCUUGCUGCUCCGACCAGCCCCACCAGGCCAUAACAUGGGGAACUCCAUAGGGACGACUGCAGCUAUGCAACAGCUGGCACUCGUGCCACAGUUCCUGACACCGGAACUAAGACCGAGCGAGGGGAAAGCUCCUCUCUUGAAAGACCCUCAGCCUCCCCCCCUGCUGAAGCAACUGGCCCCAGCAGAUCAUAAGAUGGGGAACUCCCCAGAUGAGAGCCCUGCUGAGAAUGACAUUGUGAUAGCUACCCGGACCUUUGUCUCAGCAGAUCUCAACAUGGGGAACUCUGUAGGGGGGAAUGCAGCACUACAACAGCCUGCACCCGUCCCGCUGAUCCUCACACCGGAUCCAAAAUCAGGCGGGGGGAUGGGUCCGGCCUUGAGGGAUCCUGGCCCUCCCCCCUUGCUCCUCCAACCAGCCCCACCACAUCACAACAUGGGAAACACUACACGGGGGAGCGCACUCGGGCAACAGCUCGCACCACCGCCACACGUCCCGAAACUACAUCUGAAACUAGGGGAGGGGAAUGCCCCCCCCUUGAAGGGCCCUGUGCUAGCUCCAGCAGAUCACGAGAUGGGGAACUCCACAGGUAAGAGUGCUGCGGCGAAUGACACUGCAACAGCAGCCCGACCAGCUCUAGCACAAAUGACCGACCGACUUUGCGCAGCCGGACCCCAACUACAGAUUGAACGGCCUUCUGAGGCACCUCUACCUCUAUUACCACUAUCGCCUAAAUCUACACUGCUGCCCCCCACGGACCAUAAGUCAGACGAGGUCUCUGGACUAGGGAAAGUUAAGGACAAGGUGAAUGGCCUCGUCAAGGCGAUGGCAAAGUACAGCCGAAUUGAGAAUGCUACAUCCAAGAUUAAGGCAAUCAUGAACGGACCAGAAGUCAGACAGCACCUACCCUGCCCAGAUAUGCACGGUCGCACCCCAAACUCUAUCAUCAUCGGUCUGCCACCCAGGAACCUGACCGUUCGCACAACCGAACACUCUGGGGUCGACCUCUGCACAGACCGGUCGAAUAAACAGCCGAUGACUGAGGGGGAAUCAAUCCUGACUCCCCAUGGACUGCAUCUGUUGCACCAGCAAACUGGCCCCCCCCAUCCGGUGGACAAACCGACGGACACUGCAGGGUUCAGAGAGGUGGUCUCUGUAGUCACGGGGUAAACAAAAUAUCUGCAAAUCCCAAAGCCAGGAAAUGUCACAGAUCUCCUCACCCGUGCUGCACCUCUGAGAGAAGAUGACGAUGGGGACCCGGCCCACGAAAUA